CUUCAUUUUAGUUCAGGGUAUCACGGUAUCAUUACCUAAACUUCAUUUUAGUCCAUGGCGUUCAUGAGUUCAGCUAGCGAAGAGGAAUCCGCUGGUCUCAAGGCCCCCACGGAUGCGCGCGUGAUUCGUCAGCGCUAUGAAGGCGACGGGCCGAUACUCUCGGACGACGCGCUACUGCCAGCUGAUCCAGGCGCGGCCGCCGGCGCAGCGGCGGAACAACAGCAGCAGCAGGAUGAGGCACGGAGCGUGCGGUGCGAGUGCUGCGGGGUGGCGGAGGACUGCACCCCGACGUACAUCGGCCGCGUGCGGGAGCGGUUCGACGGCAGGUGGGUGUGCGGCAUAUGCGCGGAGGCGGUGAGCGAGCUGCGGAGGCGCGACCCGGCGCUGGCGGUGCGCGAGGCCGUGGCGUCCCACGCGGCGCUGUGCGCCGAGUUCAACGCCACCGUGCGCGUCAACCCGGCGCUCUGCCUCGUGCGCGGCAUGCGCGACAUCGUCAGGAUCAGCUGCCGCGGCCGGAGCGGUGACUCCGCCUCGCCGUCUGCAGCUCCCGGCGGCGGCGCCGGCGCCAGGAUCGGCAGGACACGAAGUUGCGCGCUGCCGUACGUUUGAUCGCGUCGCAGGUUGCCACGUAAGCGAUACGUGCGUGACAGACCGACGACAGCCAGUAUCGCGCCAGAUGUUCUCUGAUGAAUGAUGCUACUAACAGUCUAAUUAACACGAAGUACAGUCUACUGAUCGACGUGAACUUAAGUUGUGAAUUGUGAUAGCCUAUAUAUAUAUCGGGAUUAGACCAUUGAACCGCUUUCAGGUUAACUCAAAAGUAUCUCUAAUUAAUAUUGUAAGGUUACUGGCGGUCUGGCGGAUCGUGAAAUCGUGAUAUAUAUCGACAAAAGACAUCUUGAUAGCUCAAGUGCGUGUCACCAAUGUAAUAAUUAGUUUGUCAACAUCUCGAUCGAUCGGUAUGUCAGAUAACAAUAAUUUUGUAGAUUCUCGUUAACCAUAGAAU